UUGACAUCUGCCCUGGGUCUGUGUGCUGUGAGGACCAUAUAAGGGACCCACAUCGCAUGCUCUUCCGUAAGCAGCUUUAACAGGGAACCAGAGCUCAUCGUUUGAGAUCUUUGCUGGGACCCUGUGCUCAGAAAAAUACUAGAGUCUCUGUGGGAGCUCCUCCAUCACCCCAGCCAGUUUGUUUCCUGAGGGGCUUCCUGGACUCCCUCUCUGGAGCUCCUGCGGGGCAGUGAGCGAGCCCGCGCGCUCGGGAAUCACAGGGGCACGUGCUCAAGCCCCGGCCCUGCCCCGCACCUCGGACUCGUUUUGUAUCCCGCCAGCCUCUGUGUCUCAAUCCGUGCGAUGCAAAUAGUGCCACACCGGUCCCACAGGGCACUUGCACAGGUUCAGUGCAGGGUUACGUGUAUGACAGCCCAGCGCCCAGCUCAGAAUACGUGUUCAGUAGAUUUUAUCACCAUUUUUAUCAUCGGAAACCAGGGCUUCAGCAUGGAUAUCACUCCUUGAAUAGUCCAGCUUUCUUAUGGAUGCACGUCAAGUCUACCGACCUGCCUGCACCCCAGCCACACCCAGGCUGAGUCACACUGUCCCUUGGCUCCGUUACACCUGCCACCCUCCAUCACACUGGCCUCUCCCUCCCCAAGACUGUGAGCUGCUUGAGGGAAAUGCUGUGAAUUUACCUGUUUGUCCUUAAAGGCCUAGAAUAGUUCCAGGCGCAUAGUAAGCUCUGUCUUGAGUGGAUGGAUGGAUGGAUGGAAUUAGUUUGCCUACUACUAUUGUGAAGCAUUUAGAAUUCUGGAAAAUGUUGAACUUGGCUAUCACAUAAAAUGCCUUUGCUGUUGUUUGGUAUGCAGCUGUCUCACCCUGAAGGUUACGGGGGCCUCAUUUUUACCAGCCCCAGAGCAGUGGAGGCAGUGGAGCUGUGUUUGGAGAAAGACAAUAGAGCCGCAGUCUGGAGAAAGUCUCUGAAAGAAAAAUGGAAUGCUAAGUCAGUGUAUGUGGUGGGAAAUGCUACUGCUUCUCUAGUGAAUAAAAUUGGCCUGCACACAGAAGGAGAAAACUGUGGAAAUGCAGAAAAGCUUGCAGAGUACAUUUGUUCUAGGGAGUCGCCAGCACUGCCUCUUCUGUUUCCCUGUGGAACCCUCAAAAGAGAAAUCCUGCCGAAAAUGCUCAAGGACAAAGGGAUUCCCAUGGAGAGCUUAACCGUCUACCAGACGAUCCCACACCCAGGAAUCCAGGGGAACCUCAACAGCUACUAUUCCCAGCAGGGCAUUCCAGCCAGCAUCACGUUUUUCAGUCCCUCUGGCCUGACACACAGUCUCAGGCAUAUUCAAGAGUUAUCUGGUGACAACAUUGACCAGAUUAAGUUCGUGGCCAUUGGGCCCACCACAGCCCACGCCCUGGCCGUGCAGGGCCUGCCCGUGAGCUGCACCGCAGAGAGCCCCACGCCGCAAGCCCUGGCCGCGGGCAUCAGGACGGCGCUCCAGCCCCACGGAUGCUGAGUCAGAGGCCCCCGGCGCCCUCCCUGGGCGGAGCCGCCCCUGUGGGCCCAGGGCCAGGUGCUACCGCGUCCGGUGGAGCCGGGCAUCGGGCAGGGGCUCCCGGGAAACCGCCCCCUCACGCUCCUGCCUCGCGCCCGGGGGAACCCCCGCCAACACCGAGGCUGGGCCGGGACCCGGGGCCGCGUCAGGCCCACGUGCGCCUGACGUCCCUUCGUGGAGUCCAGCUCGGACCCCCUCCCGGCGCACGCGGCUCCUUUGGCAGCAGAAGGAAAUCAAAUAAAGUGCACUGGCCACUCUUGCUGACUGUGCCUUGUUCCUUGCUGUCUGGUUUCAGUGCAAAGCUGUGUUUGGCGCCCACGUUCUGAGAACUGACAAACCUGGAUUGAGGCCACUGCCGUGGCCUCAGAGCCCUUCUGAGACCAGAGGUGUGGAUGGCGCAGGAAGCAGAAGGGAAUCUGUUCUGACCUGGGGCGGAGCCCCGUGCGUGCCUCACCGUAUCACUGAAUUCGUGCAGGGCCGAGGGCCGGGAUGGGGAGGCUCAUCCUCUCCAGCAGAAAACAAAGGGCGAAGCCCAAGCAGCAGGCGUUUUAGAAGCCCUCCAGGUGGUUCCCAUCUGCAGCCACGUUUGUAAACCACCGCACCUGGCCAGGGUGCAGUCCCUGGUCGAGUCUAGAAGCUGGAGAAGUACGAAACAGGCGCCGAGCUGUGGAGGAGGAGACGAGAAACCCGGCUGGAGGCGGACGGGGAGACAAAGGUGAGAAAGGGUGCGUGCGCUGCAGAAGAGGGGCCGCAUCACCCCAC